GGAGCCACGUCAGCGGCCUGAUGCUGCCGGGCACGAGGGCCGUUUCGCUGCAGCCCAGCGAUGCAGAGGGGCUGUUUUACGGCCACGUUCCAAGUUUCUUGCUGCUUAGAGGAAAGGUUCGGACGAGGAGGCCGGGAUCGGCCAAUUCAGCUCCUUUCCCACCGGAAAAAAUACUUGUGCAUGCAGGCGUGUGUUUUUUAUGGUGCCCAAGGGGGCUCUGAAGUCCUGUAAGCCUCUUUGCGCCGAGGAACCGAGCGCGGUUCUUCACCUUGGGGUCAGGCAGGGCCUGGGCACCCAGCGGAGAAGGGGCUGGUUGAGCCCGUCGGAGCAGAGCUCGGGCGCGCGGAGGUGUUUUCUGCGGCGGGUCUUCGUCGGAGAGCUGCUCGCCGGGGUGGUGGGUCCCAUCCCAUCCCCUGCCUCAGUUUCCCCAUCGGUAAAUGAGGCUGCGACUGCCGGCCCGCUAGCUGUAAACGUUCUGGGGACCUCGGUGUUGGGAGAAUGUGCUUCUUGGCAGAAGCAAAAGUCUGUUUUCUAGAAAAGAGAAAUUCCAAGCGAGCUUGAGAGUCUUCUGAGAAAAUCAGAUGCCGAUGCUGUUUUUAACGAUUGCAGUUGCUUUCGCAACAGCUGGUUCUUGUGCGAGCGGUGUCAGCUCGGAGCGCUGACCAGCAAUGAAUCAAUCACAGAAAAAGUCUUUGGAAAGAUAAAUGUAGGAAGGUAAAAAGGCAUUUUUUCAGGAGGGAAGCUAAUUUGUUUUAAAAAAAGAAGUUUGCAAGCCUUUCUCUCCAGCUGUGAGAACUGGAAACGCAGUGAGAGAGAUGCUCAGUGCAUUUGCACCAGCUUUUCGGGUUUCUCCACCUGGCAGCGGUGCCUCGCCUCGCUACCGCACUGCUUGUGGUGCAGCCUGGGAUAGGAGCGUCCAUCCAAAAGAAUUAAGCCAGGAUAACGAUACCGACCAAGUAAACCUGGAGCGCCGCAGCCGGAGAGCCUUCCCCGACGAGCAGGACCCGCGAGAGCACCCCGCCGCCCGCCACGAGCCUCCUUCCACCCCGGAGCAAACACAUGUGGAAAGCCUGAGCCGGCUCCCCCUGCCCUCUGCAGCCGCCUUCCCCGGGGACGCCAUGGACACGGAGGCCGUGCAGCCCCAGGAGGCCUCGCUGACGGUCAACGAGCAGGUCAUCGUGAUGUCCAGCCACGAGACGAUCCGUGUGCUGGAGGUCGGCGUGGACGCCCCGCUCCCGGCCGAGGAGGACCGGAAAGCCUUGGAGAUGCCGGCGAGGGAGGUAGCGCGGGGCUCGCCGGGAGAGACCGCUGACGCGGCCAAAGAGGACGUCCUGCCCAGCGCCGGGACCUCGGGCAGCGGGGACGCGGCCGGCAAAGCCAAGGCAGCGCCCGGAGCGGCCUCCGCCGGCGCCUUCGGCCAAGCCCCGAGCCAGCAGCCGCAGCCGAUGGCCCCGCUGGCCGUGCAAGCCGCCCCGCAGGUCUUGACUCAGGAAAACUUAGCAACAGUUGUGACAGGAGUAAUGGUUCCAGCAGGGACAGUUACUCAACCUCUUCUUAUCCCCAUCAGUAUUGCAGGUCAAGUGGCAGGUCAGCAGGGGCUGGCUGUGUGGACAUUUCCUACAGCAACGGUCGCUGCCCUUCCCGGACUGACGGCUGCUUCUCCUACAGGGGGAAUUUUCAAACCGCCUAUAGCCAAUCUGCAAGCCGCCGCCGUGCUGAACACAGCGAUCCAAGCGCCGGUGCAGCCCGCCCCGCCGCUGCCGGCCGCAGCGCAGCCCCGGCCCCCCGUGCAGACGCAGAGCGCCUUCGCCCCGGCGCCCGGCCAGCCCCCCAUCCUGCCGCAGCCCGCCGCAGCGCCCGCGCCGCCCCUCGCCAAGCCCCUCGAGACGCAGACGCAGAUCACCGUGCAGCCGGCAGGAUUUGCCUUUAACCCUGGCAUAAUCAGCGCGGCCUCGCUCGGGGGCCAGACCCAGCUGCUCAGCUCCCUGGCAGCCGCCCCCGUGAUCACAAACACCAUCUCCAGCGUGCAGGGCAUCGCGGGCCAGAUCCUGACCAACGCCCAGGGCCAGGUGAUCGGCACCCUGCCGUGGGUGGUGAACCCCCCCGGGCUGACGGCUGGUGCGGCCGCGCUGCCGGCCCCCAACCUGCAGGUGCAGGCGGUGACGCCCCAGCUGCUGCUCAACGCCCAGGGCCAGGUCAUCGCCACGCUGGCCGGCAGCACCAUCCAGGCCGCGGCCGUCAAGAAAGCCAGCGCCCCCGAGUCGCCGGCCAAGAGCGAGGUCCAGCCCAUCCAGCCGGCCCCGGCUCUGUCGCAGCCGGCUGUCGUCAUCGCCAACCCGGCGCCGGCCGCGAAGGCCACGUCUGCUCCCGUCCCCAUCACCUGCUCGGAGACUCCCACCGUGAGCCAGCUGGUCUCCAAGCCCCAAGCCCCCAACGCCGGCGUCGACGAGGAUGGGAUUAACCUGGAGGAGAUCCGGGAGUUUGCCAAGAACUUCAAGAUCCGCCGCCUGUCCCUCGGCCUGACGCAGACCCAGGUGGGACAGGCUCUGACGGCCACCGAGGGACCUGCCUACAGCCAGUCGGCCAUCUGCAGGUUCGAGAAGCUCGACAUCACCCCCAAGAGCGCCCAGAAGCUGAAGCCGGUGCUGGAGAAGUGGCUGAGCGAAGCGGAGCUGCGCAACCAGGAGGGGCAGCAGAACCUGAUGGAGUUCGUGGGCGGCGAGCCCUCCAAGAAGCGCAAGCGCCGCACCUCCUUCACUCCGCAGGCCAUCGAGGCGCUCAACGCCUACUUCGAGAAGAACGCCCUGCCCACGGGCCAGGAGAUCACCGAGAUCGCCAAGGAGCUCAACUACGACCGCGAGGUCGUCCGCGUGUGGUUCUGCAACCGCCGACAGACGCUCAAAAACACCAGCAAACUCAACGUCUUUCAGAUCCCCUAAAGGGAAAGAGGGGGCCCGACGCGCCCGCCCGCCCGCCCCAGCCAUGAGCACUUUGCGCCCAGCUUCCCCCUGCGCCUGGCUUUCCCCUCCGCCCCGCGCGUAGGUGUCCGUGUCCCCCCCCAUGUGCCCCAAGCGUGUCCCCCUCGGGUGUCCCUGCGCAGCCCUGGCCCCCCGCUGCCUCUCUGCCCCCCCCAUCCCUGUCCCAUGCGAGGGGGGGCCCCAAUUCCCGCGAUUUUGCCCUUUCCGCGGAGUUUCCUGUGUUUCCCGGUAGCGUCACGGUCCGGCUGGCGGUGGUGAGACCCCGGCUCCCGUCACCCCCCCUCGCUUCUCGGGCCCCUCCGGUCCUCGGCUGCCCCCAAACCCGGUGGGAGCUUCUCCCUCCGGCUGCCCCCUCCCCGUCCCGACUGAGCCCCCCAGCACAGCCCAUGUGGGGGAUGUGGUUGUGGCCGGGGAGCGGGCGGCUCCCCCGUCCGUGGCUCGGGGGGGGACCCCAUUUCGGAGCUGCUCGAGGGGUGGGAGCUGAAGCCAGUUUUGGGAGCUGCCCCGGGCAGAGCCGAGCAGGAGGGUGCGGGGGCAGCGGCGCAUCCUCGCCAGGCCGGGACCUGGGGGGCAUCGCCCCCACGGCACGGGAGGGACGCGGCCGGGCGAGGGGGCACCAGGGCCGGGUCUGCCCGCCGGGGACACGUCAGACUGAUGCACUUGAUGUAGUGGUGUGAAAUAAACAGUAUUUUUCUUUUUU